AUGACCUCCCAAGCCCUCGUAAUCGGUAUCUCGGGCCCCUCCUCCAGCGGCAAGACAACUCUCGCCCGCCUCCUGCAACGGGUCUUCUCUCCAGCACUCUCCAAAACAUUCAUCAUCCACGAGGAUGACUUUUAUGUUCCUGAUAAUCAAAUCCCAUACACAACAACCCCAUCCGGCAAAACGCUCCAAGACUGGGACUGCGUCGAAGCACUCGACAUAACCCGUCUCAGUCGCGCCCUCUCAUACAUCCACAGCACAGGCUCGCUCCCUGAUAAACUAAAGAGUAUCCAGGAUCUUAACGAGGAUGCUGACUCGGGCGUUAGUCUUGAGACUGUUGAGCGGUUGAGGAGGUUUGUUGAGGGGCGGUUGGCGUCUUCUACUCCUUCUACUGUUGGUAAGGGGAGUGAUGAUAGGAGAGAGCGGACGUUGGCAUUUUUGGAAGGGAUUCUUCUGUACGCUCCUAAGGCUGAUAAGGGGCAUGUUCUGCGUCCUGUGAAUGAUAAUAUUGAUGUACGGUUGUUCCUACCCACUGCGUAUGAAGAUGUUAAGGUGAGGAGGGAGGCGAGGUCGGGGUAUGUGACGUCUGGGCCUGCGCAGGAGCUGCCGUUGCCGCAGAGGAAUUCAGCGUCGGAUGGGAGUGGGGAAGGAGAGGAGGGUCAGCAGACCUUUUGGGAGGAUCCGCCGGGGUAUGUGGAUAAUAUUGUCUGGCCGCAUUAUGUGCGGGAUCAUGCGUGGUUGUUGGUACCGGAGGGCGAGCAGGAUGUGAAUUCUGCGGAGUUGGUUAGGAAGGCUGGGAGUGGGACGAACGUGAGGACGGAUGUUGGGAUUGCUGUUGCUCCGGGACAGGGGAGCAGACCCAUGACUGAGAUUUUGACUUGGGCUGUGGAGGAAGUGUUGAAGUGUUGGGAACGUGUACAGUAG